AUGGAGAAACUGAAUUUAGUGGGACAUGUGGCCCCAUCAGAAAAAGAAAAAAAGAAAGCUUAUCUCAAGGGACUGCCCGCUGACAUGAUGGUUAUGAUUAGGAACUCGAGGGCCUCCACCCUUAGGGAGGCAAUUGAGGAAGAGAAAGUCAUGGAAGCGAUCUAUGCCAAAGGAAGAGAAGAGAAGGGGGAAAGUGGUGAAAAGAGGAAGUGGGAGAAUCAGUACGCACCUUCCAAGAGACCAAGCCAUCCCAACAACAACCAUCGAGGAGUUUACCCUAGGCAAGAGGCAAGAUGGUGCUCUAAAUGCCGCACUAAACACCACGGCCCGUGCACCACGAACCUUUCUCCUGCUAAAUGUUAUAAGUGUGGGAAGCCAGGACACACGCGAAAUGAAUGUCCCAUCAAAGGACCCAUCUGUUUUGGAUGUGGGGAGUCGGGCCACUUCAGAAAUGACUGUCCGAAGUUGAAGGCGGGAGGGGGCCAGGGAAGGAAAGAAAGUACCCCGAAGACAACCGGUCGAGCCUUUCAGAUGACUGCGGAGGAAGCGAAGGCAUCGUCGGAUGUAGUGUCGGGUACGUUCCUCAUUGACUCCAUACCUGCUCACGUACUUUUUGAUUCCGGUGCUUCAUGUUCUUUUGUGUCCACAACAUUCUACCAACUCUUGCAUACGCCUCCUAGUACUCUAGAAGACGCCUUGGUCAUCGAACUAGCAAAUGGUAGUAGAGUUCUAGUACACGAGGUUGUUAGGGGUUGCGUGUUGAGAAUCGAGGGUGAAGAAUUUCGGGUGGACCUUAUACCCAUGACGAUCGGUGGGUUCGACAUCAUCAUUGGAAUGGACUGGUUAGCAAAUAAUCAAGCAGAGAUCUUAUGUUCCAAGAAAUUAAUUCGUAUUCCUUUGCCGAGCGAGGGCGUGGUGUUGGUUUAUGGAGAAAGGAAGAAGGGAGACGUAGUACUCCUAUCGGUGGCAAAGGCGCGCAAAUGCUUAGCUAAGGGGUAUCCCUCAUUCAUAGCAUACGUGAUGGAUGCCAAACUAGAAAAAGAGAGGAUUGAGGAGGUGAAAGUGGUCAACGAGUUUCUUGAUGUUUUCUCAGAAGAUUUACCCGGUUUACCACCAGUUAGACAGGUGGAGUUUCGAAUCGAUCUUAUCCCAGGAACCACUCCGCUUGCAAGAGCCCCUUACCGAUUGGCUCCUUUUGAAAUGCAAGAGUUGAUGUCUCAAUUGAAGGACCUUCUUGAGAAAGGAUUCGUCAGACCGAGUUUGUCACCUUAG